UCAUUAUAAUAAUAAUUAAGUGUAUAUACACUUACUCUAACGACUAUUGUUUGAAAAUAUAAUUAAAAACAAAUUUAAUUUCUGUAUUCAUCUAAAUAUGAAUGAACAUCAAAAAACUGAGCUCAGCUCAAUAGCAGCACAAAAAAAGAUAGCCGAUCAAAUAGCUAAUGAUGUACGUUGUAUUGAUAUGUGUAAAAUGCGCAAAAACGCGUCAAAUGUAUCGUUAUAUAGGCGUAUGCAUUUGGAGUCGGAGGAGGAAGAGUUGUUUACAAAUAUACAAAAAGCAAAAGAAGCUCAGGCUAGACAAAUUGCUGAGUUGGAACAAGAACAAAAACUUGCUGAAGUUAUAGCAGAUUUAAAACGCAGAGAGAUAGUCGAAAUAAAAAACAAUCAAUUACUUCAAAAUAAUUCACACGAACUUCGACAUAUCGAAAAGCAAUUACGAACAGCUUAUGCGAAAAAAGAUUUAUUGUGUCAAAUUAAAGAAAAAGAAGCUUUAAAAAAAGAAGAGAAAGUCAAAGUAUAUUAUGAUGAUUUGAAAAUGAUAGAAAGUAGAAAUUACGAAAAUGAGGAGGAAAGUAAACUACAAACUCGACAAAAUGAACUCAAGUUAGAUUAUAAAAAGGCAAUCACAGAGCAAAUGCAAGAAAACGCAGCAGAAAAACGACGGCUUUCAUCAUUAAAGAACGAUCCCUUUGUUUUCUAUGAAGCGACCGGAAGUAGUGAAGUACAUAAAAAUAAAAUUACGAAUAGUGGUUCUCAAAAAGAAUUAGAACUAUUCAAAAAAGUAGAAAAUGAGCUAAAGGAAAUUGAAAUCAAAGAAUCUAAUAAUAGGAAGAAACGUAUAGAGGAGUAUUUAAUUGAAAUUUCUAAGCGGGAUAAACAACAGGAAGAAUUAAAAAACCAGAAGAAAACAGAAAAUGACAAAAUCUAUAAAUGCUUAGUUGAUAAUUUAACAUCUUUAACGUCAAAUACAUUGAAAAACAGAGAAAUGCAAAUUAAUCUUGUAAUGGAACAACAACGAAAUGCCGCUUGGUCGGCUGAGAAAAAAGAAAAAGAACUGAAAAAUAUUCAGCGAGAUAACAUGCUAAAACAAAAUGAAAUGCAAUUGAACAUUAAAAAAGAUAAGGAAAAAGCAGAAAAAGAAAAGGAUAGUGCGCUAGUCAAAACAUUGUUGCAAAAUUUUCAAACAUUUAACGAGGUAGAGGAGAAAAAAAAUGCUGAGCGACGACAAAUUAUGCUCAAUUAUGGGAAAGAGUUAAAAAUGUCGAUUGACCAAAAAGCAGAUUUGAGGCAAAAACAAAAAAAAGUUAUGAUGAACGAAUUUUCGGAGGCUGUUAAAUCAGAAGAGCUAAGAAUGGCUGAAAUGAAUAAGGAACAGACAACUAUUGUUAAACAACAUAUGGAAAAUCUUGAAGGAUUUUUCCCACCGACCACGAGAAAUCAAUAUAAUGUGAAAUAAGAACGCUUAAUAUUUUUGAAUAGUAUAUAUAUAUUAUUUAGCUACAAGUUAUUAAACUAAGUACUAACAAUACAAACUAUCCUAAUAAUAAUAGGUAUCCUAAUAUGAAUGUAUGAUGAAACUA